AUGUUGGAAACGAUGACAUCUCAAUCAACAGAAGAAGCCUAUAUUAAAUGGUUAAAUGAUCACUUAACUAAGGCUACACCUCCAUUAAUUGUGUAUGAUUUAACUGAAGAAAUUAUCUGUAAUGGUGUAGCUAUUGGAAUACUAUUAGAAAUUAUUGGUCGAAUAAAAAUUGAUGGCUUACUUCUACAGCCAAUUACAACUGUGGAACGUUUACACAAUAUUCAUGAAGUGUUUAGCGUUUUAAGACGUUUGAAUGUAAAAAUCAAUAAUAUUCAACCUGAAGAUAUCAUGGAAGGGGAUAAAGAUACUGUACUUGAAUUAUUGAUUGCAAUUAAUGAUUAUUUUUUGCCUAAACCCAAUAUGAAAACUCCGAAGAAAUUUAAUGCAAAUAAUCAUAAUCAUAAUAAUUAUGAUAUUGAUUAUAAAAUGGAAUCAAACGGUCGUACAUCAGCAUGGAGUACUAUAAGUAGUUCAACUAGAAGAACACCAAUAAAUCGAUCAGAAACAGUUCCACAAUUAAAUGGUAAUCAUGAAAAUGGAAUAUUCUCAACAAAUAAUCAUCAUUCACAUAAAAAUCUAUUACAUCAUUCUACAAAUGGUAUAGAUUAUCCUACAAUUGAUUUACCAUGGUCAAAUUCUAUAGAUCAUUUUACAGAUAAUAGUCGACAACCUUAUUCAUCUUAUCAUCAAUCAUUAGCACCAACACCAACUCCAUCAGAAUUAACUAAUUCUACAAGUCCAAGAUCAAAAAGUACAGUGUACAGAGUACGUUCAGAACCAUUAUCACCUAGAUCUAUACAUGGUAAAAGAACUAUUCACAGAGAAGCGUCUUUAUCUACAGCACCAAUCAAUAUUAGAUCAGCUUUACCGAAUUUGAAUUCUGGUUCCAGAGGUUAUUAUCAUCAAACUAAUCCAUCACAAUCAAUACCAUCGAAUAAUUAUCCUGAUAGUAGAAAUGGAAAUACAAUAAGAAGUGGACGUUCAACAAAUGAAUUACCACAAAUAGUUGAUUCAAUGAAUGAAGUACAACAGCUUAGAUCACAGUUGAAUAUGUUGUCGAAACUUAUUGAAUCAGAUGGUUCUAAUCCUGUACGUACUGCUUCAGUAUUACGUCAAACAGCGGCAAAAAGUACACAAACUGAAUUUGGUUAUUUAUUGGAUAGACAAGCGAAAAAAUCAAAUGCUGAAAUCUCAGAAUUACGUGGUAUCAUCAAGAUUAAAGAAGAAGCUAUUCAUCUGUUAGAAGAGGAGAAUUCACGUUUAAGUGAUUCAUUGAAAACAUUUUUAUACAAUAUGAAUAAACCAGGAAAUUUAGAUAAAACUACCAUGUCCACCAAUAAUUAUUCCAUUAAAUCUCAUGAAUAUCAAGAUUUAUUGGACAAUAAUAAUAAACAAAGACUUUCAAAUAAUCCUAUGAAUACGUCACGUCCUCAUCCUCCUCAUCAUCAAGGACAACAACAACAAGUUGAACAUCAACAUGAUUAUACGCCUCAACAUCAGCAUCAUUCACCUCAAUCUCGUCAACGUGAUCAUCACCAUAGUAACUAUAAUCCAUCAAAACAUACAUUCAAUCAACCAUACAAUCAUUUAAAUUCUUCAAAUACUUCUACCCCAAUUAAUACACCAAUGAUAAUAUCACCAUCACAUUUAUCAAUGAUCAAACCAGAUAACUAUGAUCGAACAAUAUCACCUCGUUCAAUGAGUCCAUAUAAAUUAGAUCAUUCUAAAAAUCAAUUAAUAUCACCAUCAUCAUUAUCAUUAUCACCAACAAAUUCAGAUAGAAUAAAAAAUAUUAAACGUCAAUUAUCACCAACUGGUAAACGUUUCCCAUAUUAUCAACCAUAUAUUCAUUCAUUAAUGCAUUCAAAUGAAUUAAAUAAAGUUGAUAAACAUAAAUGUUUUAAUGAAUCCAAAACUUUAUCACAUGGUUUAACAACAGCACAAGCUCAAUUAAUCAAAAGUCCAACUCAACGAUUAUUAAUGCAAAGUCUUCCAUCAACUGAUUAUUGA